CAUUAGCAAAUCUAUUGGAAAUUGCUGGGAUCAGCAAAUUAUUAAGAAUGAAUGCGCCAUUUUUAUAAGACUGAAAUGAGGCUGCAUUUUGUCGUGAAGCUUUUUUCAGUGGAGCAUUUAAUAAGAGUGCCUCCUCAAUUUGUUAUUUUUAUCUACGUAGCUGCACCUCCAGCGGCCAUUACUUUAGCAGCCAACACGCUAGCAGAGAGUAUUACUCAAUGAUACGGCUACUUUGGGAAAUACUUCCCAUUGACAUUGCAAGUUUUGCGAAGCGCUGGUUCAGGUGUUUGAAGACGCGCCGGCAAUGUUGGGCGAUUAGUCACUUAGCGAGUUUCUCUGCGAUCGGUUGUGGUAAAAAACGUGUUGCGCGGCGAUUCAGUUUGCCUUUUCAGUAGUCUCUAUUUAUUAAUACCAAGCGUUAUUGUUCAAUAUAUGUUUAUGAAAGCAAACGCGGCUAGACAAGCGAUUAAAGAACAUCGUAUAGUGCGAUAAGUGUUUAAGCGUUGGAGGAAAAAUAUAUUUACACAAUUAAUAGAAUUUAUAUGACUUGACAGAAACGCGGCCUUGGAAAGUAACUGUCAACAAAAAAACUUAUUUACACAUGAUUGAUGUCAUUACAAAAUCAGAUACAGUAUUACCUGCAAAGAAAAUUAACGACAACUCCUCAUCAACAGCAAUAUUAAAUAAGCCUGUAAAUAUCAAGCUAUUAAAUUUCUUCUGCCGUAAAUUAAACUGAGCCGUCCAAAAUGGUAACUCUAAUUAUUACCCUCCUCUCGCUGCUAUUUGUGUUUUGCGGUUUCUAUUUUGCCAAAACGUCAAAGGAGAUGCCAAAAAAUUGGUAUGAAUUGAAAACGGAGCUGCGCUAUCAAUACAUUGGCCUAGUUGGUUUGGCCCACGAUUUCAUUUAUCGAUCACGCGAUCGUGUUGCACUUUAUAAGCAACCUGGUCGUGUAGCUGUAAUUACAGGUGGCAAUCGUGGCAUUGGCCUACGAACUGUGGAGAAACUGCUGGCGUGUGAUAUAACUGUUAUAAUGGGUGUUCGUGAUCCCGUUAGCGCCAAAGCCGCGGUUACUUCCGUUGUCGAUCUUUCAACCAGUGAUGGCAAGCUGAUAUGCGAGACGCUUGACAUUUGCGAUUUUAAAUCCGUUAACGAAUUUGCUGAAAAAAUUAAGGCGCGUUACAAUAAAGUUGAUUUGCUAAUUAACAAUGCUGGCAUUAUGUUUGCGCCCUUCAAAUUAACCGCCGAUGGAAACGAAUCUCAUAUCGCCACCAAUUACUUGGGCCACUUUCUGCUCACUCAUCUGCUUAUGCCCGAACUGAAGGCGGCUGGCAAAGAAGGCAAAAAUUCGCGUGUCGUCAACAUAUCGUCUUGUGUGAAUCUGAUCGGACGCAUAAAUUACAAUGACAUCAAUGGAAUCAAACACUACUACCCGGGCACUGCGUACAGCCAGUCGAAGUUGGCACAAAUUCUUGCUACACGCCAUCAACAAACCAUCUUGGACGCACAGUCAGCGCAUGUACAAGUCAAUGCUGUGCAUCCAGGUAUUGUCGACACCGAUCUCUUCGAGCAUAGCGCCACCACUUAUGUGCCAUUCGUGAAGAAACUACUAUUCAAAACCCCCGAACAGGGCUCACGCACCGUUGUCUUUGCCGCCAUCGAUCCGAGAGUAGAGGGUAAAGGUGGCACCUACUUGAGCAAUGGAGGACUUGGACAAAUGCACCCAGAUGCCAAGAACCCAGCUAAAUGUGAAAAAUUAUUUAAAUACACCUGUGAGCUGUUGAAAAUUGAGGAUUUCGGUAGUGGAAAAAUUUGAUGCGCAAAAGCCUACGAAAGGUGAAGAGUAAAACCAGCCACCGAAUGUAAAGUCAUGCAAAAAUAUAUGCAAGCAUUGUAUUCCAAUAUUUCUAAGCCCUCGAGACAGACAAUAUUUGCGUUUGCCAAAUUUGCUGAAAAGGCAAGUGAAAAUAUUAGGGGUUUUCUAUAGAAAUUAUGCCAAGAUGAACUUAAAAAUUUUCGAUAUCUGAAUUUAUAUGUCGUAGGAGUAGAAAUGUAUUAAAAAACAAUUAUGUUUCACUUUAAAAACAUUAUUUAGCCGAUUUAACUACGCUUUCUUCUUACUCUCCAAACUCUAUAAAAUAUCACUCACACUAAGCAUAAACAACAUUCAUAUACAACUGUAUUAGCAGCAAUAAGAAGCAUUUAAGUAUAAAUCUAACCAUAUAAUUAGUUAAAUUACAACUGUAUUUAAUUUACAUUUGUGAGAA